UCUGGCCUCCUGGCGAGCUGGCUGUUCAGACAGUCUGAGGGAAGAGGCUGCUGCAGCAAAAAAAGUGGGUGACAUUACAGACAGAACCGCGGUGCUGCUGCUGGAAACACUAAGGCCCCUGAUUUAAGAAAAAAACGCCCCGGGAAGAGUGGGGCCAGCCAAGCGUUUGGGGACGCCCAUUUGGACCUUGCAGGGGAGCAUCGCCGAGAGCCAUGGGGGUGCUGAUGUCCAAGCGGCAGACGGUGGAGCAGGUGCAGAAGGUGAGCCUGGCUGUGUCUGCUUUCAAGGAUGGGCUGCGGGACAGGCCUCCCAUCCAACGCACAGGUGAGCUCCCGGGGUCCCACCAUGACACUGCGGAGGGCUCUGUCCAGGAGGUGCAGGAGGAGAAAGAAGCAGAGGCAAGCACCUCGGUGCUCCAAGAAGAGAGCAGCGUCAACCGCGCCGCCUGGGAGAGGCUCCGAGACGGGCGUGGAGUGGAGCCUGAGGAGUUUGACAGGAACAACCGUUUCACCCCUCCUGCCUUCAUCCGCCCCACCCGGAAGCUGGACGAUGACAAGCCUCCAGAUAUCUGCUUGGAACCCAGAGAGCCUGUCGUCAAUGAUGAGAUGUGUGACAUCUGUGAGGUCUGGACGGCCGAGAGCCUCUUCCCAUGCAGGGUCUGCACGAGGGUUUUCCAUGACGGCUGCCUGCGCCGCAUGGGCUACAUCCAAGGAGACGGCGCAGCAGAAGUGACCGAGAUGGCACACACGGAGACAGGCUGGAGCUGCCACUACUGUAACAAUCUCAACUUGCUGCUAACCGAGGAGGAAAUGUAUAGCCUCACAGAGACCUUCCAGCAGUGCAAAGUCAUCCCUGAUUGCUCUCUGACGCGGGCGGACUUCCUGCGCUACCGUCACCAAGCAGCAAAGCGGGGGGACAGCGACAGGGCCUUAAGCGGGGAGCAGGAGGAGCAGGCGGCCCGCCAGUUUGCAGCCCUGGACCCUGACCAUCGAGGACACAUAGAGUGGCCUGACUUCCUGUCCCAUGAGUCCCUCCUACUUCUGCAGCAAUUGCGUCCCCAGAACUCUCUGCUGAGGCUUCUGACAGUCAAGGAGCGGGAGCGAGCCCGGGCCACCUUCCUGGCCUGGGGCAGCGGGAGCGCCAUCAGCGAGGCCGAGUGCCACCGUGCACAGCACUCGUGGUUCCACAAACACCUCCCACAGGCUCCUUCCUCCAGUGUCAGCGUCAGCCAUGUGGGUCCCAUAGCGGACAGCAGCCCGGCCAGCGGCAGCAGCAAGAGUCAGGACAAGGCGCUGAUGCCCACAGAGCAUGAGUCCAGAUCUGUGGACUGGCCUACCUUCCUGCGAGAGAAUGUCAUCUACAUCUUGGCUGCCCGCCCGAACAGCGCAGCCGUUCACCUGAAACCCCCGGGAUAGCAUGGGGCGGAGAAGCUGGAUUCUGGGACAGUGGCGUUCUCUCCUUUUCCCUUCUCCCUUUCCCCCCACCAACUCUGGUACUGAGACUCAGGAGGACGGAGCACUGCCAACAUCUCAGUUUGUCGCCAAGCUUGAUGGCACCGAAAUCACCAUUCCCCCUCACAACAGCGGCAGGAAAUUCUCUGCUGCCAGGAGAAGCCCUGGGAGCUGUCUGUGGCAGCACCCAGUCCUGGACACACACACCCACCUCCACAUGGCCCACCACUGCACACGUAUAUGCCUGCACACUCACCCCUUGCGGCCCACGCCUUCAGAGACCUGGUUUUUUUGGUUUAAAAGGACCAAUGUUCCUUUGUGAAUCCACUGGUAUAGAUGAGGGGUCUUGACUCACCCCAUCCUAUUGGCCAGUUCUAAUUCCAAUAGAUAAGACACUGGCCAAGCGAUUCUUACUAAGGGGCAUAUCAGACUCACAUGCUGUCCUGGAGAUGCUGACAUGGGUUCCCUUUCCCCCCACUGAAAAUCCCUCCUGUGCUGAGCCACUGUUCUAGUAGGAAUGUGCUGUGUCCCUCAGGGUUAUUGGGAUGAGAAAUGGUUAAAAACCACCACUGCACUUCAGCACAUGGUUUACUUAAACUCCAAUUCCCGGUAACAGAGAAGGUAACUGGUCAGUGGGGCCCUAAUUAGAAAAGGGAGGCAGCCCCUCCCAGGGACCCAGAAGUCUGGGAACUUCUCAGCCAGGCCGUCCAAGUCCUUUGAAAGUCUUUGGAAGAACUGUC